AUGGUAACAGCAGAUGAGGAGAAGACUGAGGUUCUCAACAACUUUUUUGCCAAAGUCUUCACUGGCAAUCCCUCUCCUCACAACUCUCAUGUUGAUGGCUCACAAGAUGCAGACCAGAGAGACAAAGUCCCCCCCACUGUAAGUGAAGAUAAGGUUCAUGACUAUCUGAGGAAACUGAAGAUACACAAGUCCACGGGACCUGAUGAGAUACGUCCCAGAGUUCUAAAGGAAUUGGCUGAUGUAGUUGCCAAACCACCGUCCAUGAUAUUUCAAAAGUCAUGGCAGUCAGGAUGUGGUGAUACAGAAGUUCUUAUAUUAAGAAGUAAACUGGAGUCGAGGUCUUCUUGGUUUGGCAUGUUUUGCCGUCAUGGGCCGCUAGGUACCGCCCCUCCUGCCCACCCGCCCCCAGCAGUAUUACGAGCACGAAAUUAUUUUAGCUCUAUUUUUUGUAGAACUCUUUUCACUGUGACUCUGGUGUGGCAGGCUGUUCAUUCAGGAAAAGGCCAUGAAAAAGAAGAAAGUGAAAAAGGCGUGAAAAUUCUCAAUGCCACAGCACAAAAGCCGCAGCCCAAGAACCAAGGGACUGUUAUAGAUGCUCUCAGUGACACGAAUCAGAGUUACGAAAGCAGAAAGCAGCAGAAUUCCAGGGCACUGGUGCCUUUCACGGGAAUUACAGAGAGUAAAAAAUUGAACAGACACUGCUGCCAAAACGGAGGCACCUGUAUCCUAGGGGCCUUCUGUGCCUGCCUGAAGCAUUUCACUGGCAGAUACUGUGAGCAUGACCAGAGACAAAGCAACUGUGGCAGCAUUGCCCACGGCGCCUGGGUGCUGAAGGGCUGUUGGCUGUGUCGGUGUGGCUAUGGUACUCUGAACUGUCUCUCCGAAAUUAUGCACAAUAACUGUGAACGGAAAUCAGAAAAGGAGGAAAUUACCAGACUAUAUUCUAAUGGCCUAAGAUUACAGCGAAGAGUGUUUGUGCACGCUUGCCUGCUCACGGUCCUCCUGCAGCUCUACUGCUGA